AUGGCCUCCACCGACGACCCUGACGCGACUCUGAAAACAGCCAUCGAAUCGCUGGGCGACGACUCUUCCUACACUGUCCACCGCCUGAGACAUGCCUCUCCCGAACACCUGUAUCUAACCACUCGUCGCUGUUUCGUCGGUCCUAUUCCCGAAGGCUGGCUCAAGACGCAUCGCAAAGAAUGGUACAAGCACUAUCUGGGCAUCCACCAUUCUUCCAGGGCCCCAUCUUUUUCUGCCUCCUCUGACGUUGGCCGUCGCCGUCGUCUCACUGGUCUCGAUGUCCCAAAUGCCGCCUCGAUCUAUCGGGCAAGCUUUCCUCAACCGGCAGAUAAUCGAGACCUACACAUAAUACCCGACCUCGAAGGAAUCGAUGAUGGUGCCGAGUCGGACGGUGAGGCCACUAUCAGAGCGCCGGUCGCUCUCGACAUUCCAAGAGGUGGGCCAACAGACCCUGGGCUUUUGAGAGAAGAAGAGAACGCUGAAGAUUUGCUGUCUUCGUACACCACCGCCCAUACCGUGACUUCUCCCUCAACGCCAACCCCUUUGGCCUCACCUAGACCUGGCGACGCACAAUCAGAUUAUAAAGAGCCGCGCCCAACAGAUACCUUCCGCAGACGACAGACCUCCGAAACUUCUUUUGUUACUGCUUCUGAUGGCGGCUCAAUCAUUGUAGACGAGCCAGGCGCCACUUCACCAGGCGCCACUUCACCGAUACGCAUCGAGUCCCCCACUGACGAUGAGGCAACACCGAAAAAUAGCCCCCAUACCGGAAAGGCGCGAAGCAGUGCUUCUUUUGACACGACCAGUCCAGCCACACCAGGGCCUACCGCUUCAGAUACUUUCCUUCUCGGCUCUCAACAUAGUCAAGAGCUAGGUCGGGGUGUGAGCGGAAAAGAUACCGCAGGUACAUUUGAGAACCCUAAGUUGCAGCAAGAAACACCACAGCACGCCGAACAAGGAAAUGUCAACAAUACCGAGCCUAGAUCACCCGGUCUCGUAAGGUUUAACAUACCGGAAAACCCAGUAUUGAAACAGGAAAUGCAGGUACGGGCAAAGAUGACGCAAGGCGUCCGGAAAUCGAAAAUAUCAAGAGCCUUCACUCGGGGGAAACUCAAAGAUGGAGAAAUCGUCAAAGUUGAGAAGAUGCUCGUCCGUUUAGACAUCACAACCGGCUCAGAGCAACCACACGAGGACUAUGAUGAAAAAGACAGCCAGCGAGUUGAGACUAGAAUUACUGAGAAGUGGAGAGAGUUCAUGGUCGUGUGCCGAGAAAGCCACGAAGAUGUCGCUGCCCUGUGCCUGCAGAUGUACAAGACUAGAGUCAUUCCAGCGACCAAUCAAAGCAAAACCAAGAAGCGCUUCAGACACCAAAUCUUGCUCAAUCCCAAGACUGUCAAGGUCAACCUGUACAGUAGUCUUGACAAGACUCUUGUGCUCUGGCAGACCAAGGGAUCACAAACCCUCAUUUGCUUCCUUCGACCCCAGUCCAACCCUAGCGCAGUUGAAUGGUACACUUUCCUGAGGGGUGUACUCGGCUCACCCCGACCACGCACCCUGCUGAUCAACAUACCUGAUCUGAAGGUUGGUCUCAGGCUUGAUAAUCCGUUUGAAGAACUUGAAUCGUCAGAGACCUUGCAGAAGGCUGCAGACGGUGAUGAGGCUGCCAUCUUGAAAACCAUGCAAGCGGAGCGAGCCAUCGCCUCGAAACUUAUUGACCGUUGUCUAGAGAUGCUUGGUCAGAGCUCUGAAUGGGACGACGUGCUCAAGAGUUGGGGACACAAAUCAAAGAUCGGCCUGGCUUGGAAGCGCUACGAUCGAUUAGAAUGGAUUCAUGGAAUCAACGAGCAAAAGAUGUAUGGUUCUAUGGCACUGCAACGAACCCACGAGCUUGAGUUACGGCCUAAGCGACAUUACCCAGUCUUCGUCAAAAUGGCCAAUGGAGAAACCAUGCAAGAACCUGCUCCAGUCGAAGGCUUUCUUAUUCGCCUAACCUCUCAGAAAGGAACUGACCAGAAGUUCGGAAAAUUGUUCUACAAGCGCUUAUACUUCAGCACGCAGAACAACUAUCUCCUCUUCCUCCGACCAGCGAAAGCGAAACCACCGCCGCCACCUAAGAUGCCAAUGAAGGAAAACUGCAACAUUCCUAGUGCGAAGCAGAUUGCAGAGAAGAUCCCUUUAAUCUAUGCGGUCAAUCCGUUCCCAAUGCAAGAUAACACAGUAGCUUGGUUGGCAGGGGAUUCUAAUGACGUCGAGGAUAGGAAGAGACAUGAUAGAGAUGCCUACGACGAAGCAGAACGCAACGCGCAAUCUUUGCUUGAUUGUGACGGUUUCAUCAAUCUUUGUGAUGUUGUCGAGGUCCGAAAUGUGGUGAGAGGAGCAACGCCGGCCGACGAGGUUGUUGAUGAAGGCCCAAACGUUGAUUUCGACGAGGAGGUCGAGGAUACCCAUCAUGAUGAUGGAGCCACCAACGACUUUGACGAUGCACGAACCUUUGAAUUGCUCAUGCGCAACGGGCUGGUCGUGCGACUACAAGCAUUCAGUAAGGCUACAAAGAAGGAGUGGAUAAGACGACUUCGAGCUUUGGCUACAUACUGGACACGACGAGCCUCUCAAGACCUGGCUCUGUUCAAGUUCGUCCGUCAGCAAAACCUGGACACCCUGAACAUCGACAUGCAAGCAGAAGCAUACAUCGGAAUGUUCGCGCACAAGUGGGAAGUUACAAAAUCGUUCGCCUCGCCCGAAUUGUACAAUGUUUGCGGUAUAUCGAAUUGCCGUGCGGUCCACCGGUCUGGCAUCCUGUUCCGCAAACCCAGAAUCCAUGGUACUUUCUCGCGCUGCCAUGUGAUUCUCUGUCAUGGCCACCUUCUCAUCUUCAAGGACACAUUACGAAGUGCAACGGGUAAGAAAAUGUCUCACAUCCACCACGAGCGCAUCGCGUCUAUUGACCUUCGUGAUUGCUAUCUCUACUCGGGGCUGAUCACAGCAAAUGAUCUCCUAUAUCAAAAUCGCACGUUCGACAACAAUCGACCUGGAAAUUCAGCGCUCCCUCGCAUGUAUCUGGAGGACGGGUGGGCAAGUGCAGACGAUGAUGCCAUGACUACUUUUGUGCUGUGGACCGGCCAACACAAAGGAUGGUUCAGAGCACGAGAGGAGGAUGGCAACGAAGGACAGCAGAAGAAGGGAGGAGCCCGCAACAAGCUCAAGAGAGUGUCACAGCUUGGCACUACAGGCAGGGCCAUCGUGUUCAAAGCGAGAAGUCGAACAGAAAGAGAUCACUGGGUGCUGGGCAUCGAGACAGAGAUCGAAAGGUUGUCUAAAGCGGAAGAUGUCAGGGUUGUGGGAGAAGGCGUUGAGGAUAAAAAUAAUGGAUGA